AUGUAUUACUUUUCUCUUACUCCGCGGCUGCAACGACUGUAUGCUUCCAAAGCAACUGCUUCGCACAUGCGAUGGCAUGCUGAACAUGAAGUUGAGGAAGGUGUAAUGCGUCACUGUUCAGAUGCACCUGCCUGGAAGCACUUUGAUAAGAAGCAUCCAUCUUUUUCAGAGAAAAGUCGUAAUGUUAGAUUGGGGCUAUCAACAGAUGGGUUUCAACCAUUUGGACAAACGGGAAAACAAUAUUCAUCUUGGCCAGUAAUUGUGACACCAUACAACUUGCCUCCUUGGAUGUGUAUGAAAGAUCCCUAUUUAUUUUUGUCAGUUAUAGUUCCUGGGCCAAAGAAUCCUAAGCAGCAACUAGAUGUUUUCUUGCAGCCUUUGAUUGCUGAAUUGAAGAAUUUAUGGAAUAUAGGUUUCAACACAUACGAUAUCUCUAAGAAGCAAAAUUUCAAAAUGCGAGCUGCUUUGAUGUGGACAAUCAGUAACUUUCCUGCAUAUUCAAUGUUGUCUGGGUGGAGUACUGCGGGCAGGCUAGCAUGUCCAUAUUGUAAGGAGAAUUCUGAUGCUUUUACUUUGACAAAAGGUGGUAAGCAGUCUUGGUUUGACAACCAUCGUAAGUUUCUGCCACUGAAUCAUCCCUAUAGAAAGGAUAAGAGCUCAUUUAGAAAGAAUAGAGUAGUAACCAUGCAGCCUCCCCCAUUACGAUCAGGUGAAGAUGUCUUAAAAGAGAUAGACGAAUUGGGACUUAAAAAGGUAACAGAACUUGGGGCUGAUAUUAUUAAUCGUCGGAUUAGUAAGUUUUCUGGUUGGAAGAAGAGAAGCAUAUUCUGGGAUUUGCCAUAUUGGAGUACCAAUCUCAUUCGGCAUAAUCUAGAUGUGAUGCACAUUGAGAAGAACUUCUUCGAGAAUGUGUUCAACACAGUGCUGGAUGUAGAUGGUAAAACAAAAGAUAACCCAAAGUCUAGAGAAGACUUGAAAGAGUUCUGUCGACGACCUGAAUUACAUGUUGUUGAUGGAAAAUACCCGAAAGCUAUUUACACACUAAAAGAAGAGUCAAAAAAAUUGUUGUGUGAAUGGGUGAAAAAUCUAAAGUUUCCUGAUGGAUAUGUCUCAAAUAUGGGAAGGUGUGUGGACAUGAAAAAACACAAGUUAUUUGGUAUGAAAAGUCAUGAUUGUCAUGUAUUCAUGCAAAGAUUGGUUCCUAUUGCAUUCCGUGAGCUAUUACCAAAAAAGGUGUGGGAAGCACUUACUGAGAUGAGUCUUUUCUUUAGGGAUGUCACUUCUACAGUAAUACGUGAAGAGGAUAUGGUAAGACUUCAACAAGAAAUACCUGAAAUACUUUGUAAAUUAGAGUGUGUAUUCCCUCCUAGCUUCUUUGAUUCAAUGGAGCAUCUCCUUGUGCAUCUCGCUUAUGAAGCAAUGCUAGCUGAUCCGGUACAAUAUCGAUGGAUGUAUCCAUUUGAGAGAAAUCUUCAAAAAUAUAAAUAUAAUAUUCGAAAUAAGGCUCAUGUUGAAGGAUGCAUAUGCAAUGCGUAUAGAGUUGAGGAAGCUUCAUCCUUUUGUUCACACUACUUCGAGCCUCAUGUUUACACAAGGCAUAGAAAAGUGCCACGAAAUGACGAUGGUGGUAUAGGCGAACAAGAUGGAUACAAUGAUUUCAAGCUUUUGUUUUCAUUUAUACAUUAUAAUUAUCAAAACACUUACAUAUUCUUUUUCUUAUAUGUGAUCCAAAGGAAAUUUAUUGACUCCCUUCAUCAAAAUUUUCCACGAAUUACGGAGCAGGAAGUGGACAAGAAACUUGAUGAAGAUUUUGCAUCAUGGUUCACAAGAUAUGCUCGAGUCCACAUAGAUAAUCAGUUCAUCAAGGCGCUUGCAGAAGGUCCAUGUCGAUCAGCGAAAUCAUACACUGGUUAUAAUGUCAACGGCUUUAAAUUUCACACUAAAGGUCGCAGUUUUUCUAGAGCAUCUAAUAACAGUGGCGUUUGCAUAAAAGGAACCAAUUACAGUGCAGAUGACAAUGACUACUAUGGUGUGCUUACUGAAAUUCUUGAAUUGGAGUACAAGGGCAGUACACCGAUCAAAAGAACUGUUUUAUUUAAAUGUGAAUGGUUUGACCCCACACCAAAUGCAGGAAUGAAGAUCCACCCGCAAUAUAAACUUGUGGAUAUCAACCAUAAAAGGAAAUUGAAGAAGUAUGAACCAUUUGUUUUGGCAAUGCAAGCAGCUCAAGUGUAUUAUGCUUCUUAUCCUAGCUUACGACAUGAUAAGAGUGAUUGGUGGGCUGUGUGCAAAACAAAAGCUAGGGGUAUUGUGGCUAUGCCUCUGUCAUACUUAUCAUCUCCUCUAGUAGAUGAUGCAGAGCCAUUCCAAUGUGACGGAGAUGGUUUAAGAUUUGAUGUGGUGUACGACAAUGAAACUAUUGUCCGAAAUGAUCCAAAUGGAGAAUUCAUAAACUUAAGAGAUAAGAAUGAUGAUUUAGAUGAUGAGACAGAAUUUCAUGAUGUACCAGAAUCAGAAUCAGAUGAUGAAAAUGAGAAUGAAGAGGCAUACUAUGAAAGUGACAGUGAAUAG